UUUCAGCUUUGAUCUGAAAUAUGUUUCCGUUUACAAAAACACACCACUUCGCUUCAGAAGGCCCCUGCUUUUAUGAUGGAUGGAUGCACCAGUUUUUUGGGCUUUAAAAUCUCAGGUACCAAUCACUCCCAUUAUAUAGCUUGGAAGAGCCAGGACAUUUUUUGUGUUUGGCUGAAAUAAGAAAGUCAUAUGCACGUAAGAUGGCUUGAGGGUGAGUAUUAUGGGAUAAUUUUAAUUUUUAAAUAAUAUUCACAUCUGAGGGUUUGUGGGAGUGACUAUUUAAAUGAAACAUGAACAAAUGUGUUGGAAUGCAGUCAGUCAGGCAAGUUAGCUUCAAAUCGAAACUUCACAUUUUCCUUCCUUUCAUCGACUCUGUACUUCUUUUUUGUGUGGAAUCGCUGUGAGUUGAACCAUGAAAUCAGCUUUUAUUGAUUCAUUCACAGAUAAAGCUAGCAGGAUAGCAUGAUACGUGAACGCAGAUGCAGGACAUAAAGUGCGUAAUUGUCGGGGAUGGGGCUGUGGGAAAAACAUGCCUUCUGGUCAGCUAUACCACCAGUGCUUUUCCAGGGGUGUGUGUCCCCACUGUGUUUGACAAUUAUUCUGUCAAUGUGACUGUCGAUGGGAAUCCAGUGAAACUGGCACUGUGGGAUACAUCAGGAUUGGAGGGAUAUGACAGGCUUCGCCCACUUUCCUACCCUCAGACGGAUGUGGUUUUGAUCUGUUUCUCUCUUGUGAAACCAGCCUCGUUUAAGAACAUCCGUCAAAAAUGGUUUCCAGAGGUCAGGCAUUUUUGCCCCAACACUCUGAUAAUACUCGUUGGGACUAUGCUUGAUCUGAGAGAUGACAAGGACAUCAUUGAAGAGCUGAAAAAGAUAAACCUGACCCCCAUCACUUACGCUGAAGGCCUGGCUAUGACCAAAGAAAUAGGGGCUGUGAAGUACCUGGAGUGCUCAGCCUUAACACAGCAAGGCCUUAAGACAGUGUUUGAUGAAGUCUUUCAUGCGGUUCUACACCAGCCCCCAGUGAAGAAAAGAAAGAGAAAGUGUUUAAUCCUCUGAACUGACUGAACACAUGCCAGCUAUAAUCUGAGCUCACCUGAGAAGCAGGGAUGAUGGGAAAAAGAAACUAUGAGAGGCUGUUCUAAAACAUGUAUGUACUGUGUGAAAAUGGUUGAAUACGUGCUUUAAUAAGAAAUCUCCUGGUUUCAUUGGUUUGAUCAAAUACACAUUGGAUUGUUCAUUUAUAUACUGGUUGCAUGUUGUUUGUUUAAAUAUGUAAUGGCAAGGAUACAUUAGUUUGCCUAAGAGUUAAUGGAGUAUAAACUAAAGUCAACAUUGCUUUUUAGUCAUUCAAAUAUUCUUUUACAUGAAAAUAAGGGGUUGAACUUAAAGACAUGCAAGAUAUGCAAAAUAAAUGAAUUAAAUAUACACUCUUUAAUCUUAUAGACUAAGUUCAUUGCUAAGAAAUGAACAACACACACACACACACACAGAAGAAGAAAUAGGGGUUAGUUUUUUUAAUUGCUUUGGUGCAAUUUUCACAUGAAAUUGGUAAAUUUUCAAAACUCUUAAUACUAAUAUCACAACAUAUCAUCAAAAGUGAACUUUUUUUCAAACAUGUCUGCAUAUUUUCAAUUUUGUUUGUACAAUACUCAA